AUGAACGCCAGCGUCAACAUCGAGAGGAACUCCUGGCGGCUGCCUCCCGACGAGACCGUCCAGGUCGCCGAUCCCCGUUCAAAGUCAGCCCAGGUAAAAGAGGAUCUAACGUACGCGGAGGGCGGUCACAACUGGCGGAGCAUAAUCUUCUCGCUGCUGGUCAUCGGCUUCGUUAUCGCCGGGAUCGUCACGGCCAUUUACCUUCUCGGGUACGUCGACGAGCUGCUGUACUGGAGCGGCAGACGGCUCACGUUAGACGAGUGCCUUCGUGAUGAUCUGACGCCGCACAGGUUAACACCGACCUGGGUUGCCCACGACAAGUUUGUCUACCAGGCGGACGACGGUUCCCUCACUCUCCUGGACACCAGUAACAAUUCCGUGUCUCUUCUGGUCUCUAAUCACACGCUCAGACAGCUGAACGUCCAAGGCUACCAGUGCAGCGCAGACCUGCGUUACGUGUUGUUCAAGCACAAUGUCAAGCCGGUGUUCAGGCAUACCUUCACCGCUUAUUACACAGUCUACGACGUCACGAACGACCAUCACACGCCUCUUCGCCUGCACGCGUCGAGGAGGAUGCAGCAAACGCGGUUGCAGCACGCUGCUUGGCUGGGCAACACUUCCGGUCUCCUGAUGAUCUCUGAAAACGACAUCUACGUGAGAAUUGCCCCGUCAGCGGCGGAGGACGCCCGAAUCACCGACACAGGCGUUCCUGGCGUGAUCUACAAUGGCGUGCCCGACUGGUUGUACCAGGAGGAAGUUCUACCACGACCAGAAGCAGCCUGGCCUAGUCCUGACGGCACGCAUCUUCUCUUCGCCACGUUCAACGACACCAAGGUCACUGCCCUGGAAUUCCCUUGGUUCGGCACCCAGACAGGUCAGGAUGGACCCAGUGCCAGUCCCUUGAGCACGCCUAGACGAGGAACCUUCCCACCCUCGAGAUCAGUUAGAUAUCCUACUCCUGGAUCGCCAAAUCCCGAAGUGGAUCUGUGGAUCCUGGAAUUGAGUAACCUGACCACGAGUGGAAAUGCGACGUCGAACUCGUCGAGUCUGAUGAGGACGAAGCUGAAGCCACCUCCUGUUUUGGAUGGACAGGAGUAUUACUUAAUAUCAGCGGGAUGGGUGGGCGAUGACAUCACCCAAGUAGCCGUUGUCUGGAUGACCAGAGCGCAGAAUCUCUCACUAGUAUCCGCUUGUCGUGCUCCAACGUGGGAAUGCGAGGAGACCCACUCUGAGAGAGCGCCAGAAGGACAAUGGUUAGAUGCUCAACCCCAUCCUUUAUUCGCUCCUGAUGGUGACAGCUUCUUGCUGUUGGCUGCUGUUCAGGAAGGCGACAAAGAACACUUCACCCACAUCAAACACGUGACCCUGACACAGCAGAGGAUAGCAGUCCUUUCUCAUGGUCGUUACGAGGUGAGUGAAAUCCUAGCAUGGGACACCAAAGCUCAUUUGGUGUACUAUUUAGGCACCAGGGAAAGGAGGCCAGGUCAAAGACACCUCUACGUAGUCCGCGAUCCUACUGCUGACGAUCCUCGACGUCUGGAGCCUCUCUGCGUCACCUGCGAUCUUGGCGAAGUCCUCUGGAGCAGUAGGUUCUAUUACACCAACUGCACACACUUUAGCGCCUCCAUCAGUCCAGCAGUCAAUGACGAGGCUAUGAGUUACUACGUUCUCCACUGCGAAGGUCCAGGCCUCCCACUCGCUGGUAUACACCUGAUGACAUCCCACAAGAUGAUCCGGAUGCUGUACGACACGAGAAUCCAACGUGGAGACAAGCUCUCUCAGCUGGCAUUGCCUACACGAAGAAGCUUCGAGGUACCCCUUCCACAAGGUUGGAAGGCACAGGUACAGUUGCUACUACCACCUUCCUGGCGAGAAGAGCUCAGGGACGCGGCGUUUCCAGUUCUAGUCGAGGUGAACGGUCGUCCAGGUAGCGAAGCAGUGACGGAUCGCUUCAAGAUCGACUGGGGUACCUACAUGUCCAGUCACAACGACGUGGUGUACGUCAGGCUGGAUGUACGCGGUGCCAGGGGGCAAGGGAAGCGGGAUUUGUUCAGGCGAAUCGGUGGCGUCGAGGUUCAGGAUCAAUUAACCGUGUUGAGGCACCUGUUGAAGACUUUGAAGUACCUAGACGUCACCAGAGUUGGUGUAUGGGGAUGGGGAUAUGGCGGAUACGUGACAGCCAUGGUGCUGGGUAGCCAGGAGAACGUGUUCAAGUGUGGCGUCGCUGUGAAUCCAAUCGCGGAUUGGCUUUACUACAAUUCCGCGUUCACGGAGCGAGUUCUGGGUGCUCCAGCGGAGAAUUAUAAGGGUUACGUUGAGGCUGAUUUGACUCAGCGUGCAAGGCUGGUGCCCAGCCAUAGUCUCUACCUUCUUCAUGGUCUGGCCGACCUCACAGCGCCAUACACGCACGGCGUUGCCUUCGCUAAGGCUCUGUCCGAAGCGGGUAUCAUCUUCAGGUACCAGAGUUACGCGGACGAAGACCACGCGUUGUCAGGCGUGUUGGAGCACGCUUAUCGUUCCAUGGAGGACUUCCUCGCCGAGUGCCUCGCCCUGGAUGCGUCCUAGUGCCUCAAGCCGAACACUCCCUCGUUGUCUCUAGCUCGCCUACUUCUGAUACAUCCCGGAUGGACGCGGAUGCUCGUCAAGAAGGCUUGUCGUUCAGGACUAGACUAGACUUCUACUAAAAAAACAAAAAUAUAUCCUCGAUCCUCACGAUAGCUCACGAAUCGUUAAAACGAAACGAGUAAAGAAGGAAAAAGAAAUAAUAAAUUAACACGCUAGUCCCCGUGUGACAUAGAAGAGAGAUACGCGUAGAUGACAAGUGAACGAUGAGAGGGUGAUGAGGUAAAAUAAAAAACCUAGCGUUUGUAUAAGCAAUAUCGUUAUUAAAAGGAUACAAGAAAGAAAGAAAAAAAAGACAAAAAACAAAAAAGGUAACGUUGUAUAUCAGCCGCCUGCAUCAGCCUGCGGAUUCCUCUUUGCUACGAAGAAACUCGUUCACUUUGCUCUCUCGGAACAACCACCCCUGGACAAUUAUUCUAAUCUAUAUAGAAUCUAUCCCUUUGCCAUUC